AUGUCUGCGAGAGACGGCCACAGGAGGAAGGAGGAGAACAAGGAGGAAGAAGAGGAAGAGGAGGAUGGGAAGGAGACGGGGGAGGAGAAGGAGGGGGAGAAGGAGGAAGAAGAUAAGGAGAAGAAAGGAGAGAAGAAGGAAGAGGAGGAGGAGGAGAAGGAAGAAGAGAAGAUGAAAGAAGAGAAGGGGGAGGAAAAAGAGAAGGAGGAAGAAGAGCAGGAGACGAAAGAAGAGGAGAAGGAGGAGGAGGAGAAGAAAGAAGUUGUGGAAAAAGAGGAGGAUGAGAAGAAAGAAGAGAAGAAGGAAGAAGAGGAGGAGAAAGAGGAGUUUUAUGAAGCUGCAGAGACACUUCUACAUCAGGACUGUUCAGACACUGACAAAGGCCACAGGACAUCAGCUCAACCCUCCGCGGCUGGAGGAAGACCACGACCACUCAUCGUCCGCUUUCACUACUACCAAGAGAAGGAGCGCAUUCAGCGUCUUGCAAGAGAGAAAGGCCGACUGGAGUUCCGUGGAAAUCCGCUCCUCAUCUUCCCGGAUUUCAGUGCUGAACUGAACAGACGCCGUUCAGCUUUUAACGAGGUGAAAGCGCUGCUCCGGGGGAACGAUCGAGUUCGUUAUGGUCUGCUCUAUCCAGCUCGGCAGCGAGUGUCCUGGGACGGGGAAACGAAAGUAUUUGACAACCCCAAGAAGGUGUUCCACAGCAGCACGUUGGAUCGCAGAGUCCCUCUCCAUGCCCCGCCCACUCACCACCAAGCCCCGCCCACUCACCACCAAGCCCCGCCCACUCAGCAGGAAGUGGACAGUGACAUGGUGGAGAUCCUGAUCUGA